AUGUCUUUUGAAGAGUCUACUUCUGAGAGGAAGUUAGAGACAAGUGUGGUCUCGAAACAGCAUCAUGAAGUCAGAUACGUACCCGUUUUCUCUGAUGCUGGAGGCACCAGACGCUAUGUUUCAGGCGGUUGUCAUCCUAUGCAUAUAGGAGACGUAUUAAACAACGGGCGCUACGAGAUAGUUAACAAAAUUGCGCCUGGGUGGCUCUCAAUCGUCUGGGCCGCUCGAGAUAAUCAAAACGCGAACAAAAUCGUGGCCAUAAAGGUUCUCAGAGCAGAUCGUUCGCAGGGAGAGGUAAACGAGUUGAAGGUCCUACAACAUAUCGAAGCAAAUGGCAAUACGGAGCAUCCAGGGCGUCGGUUUCUACCACAGCUGCUAGAUUACUUCUACUGCGAAGGACCUAACGGUAGGCAUCUUUGUCUUGUCCUUAACGUACUUGGCCCAACAUUACGGAGUAUUAGAUGGGAUUCUGAAUUUAGCCCGAGGCUUCCUUGCAGCCUCAGCCGUCAUGUUUCCCGACAGCUCAUUCUUGCCGUCGACUUUCUACACUCAAUUGGCAUCGUGCAUGGAGACAUCAGCGAAGAUAAUAUUGCGUUCCAGAUCCCUCGAAUUGAAAGGGUGCGCUUCGAUGCAGCUCGUAAGGGUAAGCUGAGGAGGAUGGAUGGUGAGCCAUUAGGAGAGCAUGUACCACAGUACCUUGUUGAGCCAUUAGCACACUGGAGAUACGCCGAAGUAGAAGAGCUGAGUGAUAUCCAGCUUAUUGAUUUCUCGGCCUCAUUUUUUGAAGCGAAGCCUGCGUGGUCAGUCCACCGAUCGAUGGAUAUUGUUCCUCCUGAAGCGACAUUCAUGCAACCGUUGAACAGAGCGAUGGAUAUCUGGAAUCUAGCUUGUGUAACUUAUCGAUAUGUUACGGGAGGCGAUCUAUUUAACAGUUACUUUGAGCCGACGGAUCAUCGGUCUUUUGUACCGCAGAUGUUACGAGUCCUCGGAGAAGAUUCUGCCCCAUGGAUGUUCAAGGCCUGGAUGAAUGUUAUCACAAGAAAAGCACGGGAAGGCCUCCCACCACUAGAAUUUAAGCCCGCAGAGGAGGAACUACCUUUGAUUGAGAAUAUACGGGAGUGUUACUUUUACUUCAAAAAUUGUGCGCAGCGUAAAAGGCUACUGUAUGGCCGGGAUGGAAGCAUAGUCGGUUACAUUGAUGGGGAAGAAAUGAUACUAUACGACGCACCAGAAGAGCAUUGUCCAGAAGUUGCUGACGAACCAGAAGAUUACUCAGGAGAUGAGGAAGACGAAGAAUUCCUUGCGAUGGCCACCUCAUAUCUCACGAGAAUGCUUGUCGCCGACCCGUCGAAGCGAGCCACAGCCUCAGAGUUGAUGCUUGAGCCCUUCGUGCAAGACACUAGGUUUGAACCGCAGGCUCUGGGUCCACUUAGGUCUGUCUCUUAUUCCAGCGAUGACUGGACGCCUUCGCCACCGUACCGGCCUUCCUCAAGGUCGGGUAGUGAUAUGUCUACGGAUUGA